AUGGAAGUAAUGAUCAGAAGGACUUCAGUAAUAAAUAAUUUAUUAAUAAAAUCUUAUUUUAAUUUACGAUCACUGUCAAAUUAUCGAGUGUGUGCGUGUUAUAGCAAUUUUAAUUUUUCCAAUCAUGAUACAACAAGAAACAGGGCAUCUAAUGAAAAUUUUUCGUCGAAUUUAUUGACAAAUAUAAACCCUGUCAUAUACAAUAAACAAUUGCUCCAAAAAUUUAGCAAUGCCAGUGUUGAGGAUAAGAAAAAAGAUGAACAAGUUGACACGAGCAAUGAAUCACCAUUGGAAAAAUUUAAGAAACUGAAUGUCUUUCAGAAAAUGAAACAAUUGUUUAAAGACUACUGGUAUAUUAUGGCUCCAGUACAUAUUGCGACGUCAACUGUUUGGGUUGUCAUUUUUUAUACGGCUGCCAAAAAUGGUGUAGAUGUAAUUCCAAUAAUGGAGUAUUUUAUGAUACCUGAUAAAUAUAUUGACUUAAUAAGAAACUCCGGUGCUGGUCAUUGGGCUGCAGCGUCAUCAAGCAAGUGCAGCAUCGCAUUCAAAAAAAAAACUGACUCAGUUGAUUCCAAAAUUAACAGAAACUGACAAAGAAAAAAUUCGUAAUAAAAUUUAA